AUAUGGCGUAAUAUUAUAAUGCUUUCAAAGUUCGUUAAUGUUUUCAUAGUUAUAAAUAAAGAUUCACACUUAUAUAUAAAGAGUGAACUUCUUUUGUCAUUAUCAUAUUGCAGUCGGACCUGAUGCUAAGGGUUAUGGACCCCGGACCACUGUUUUUCAACGACUGCCUAGGGAUGCGACACGAGAGGAAGCUCGGACCGCUGGAGACGAUGUACCACGUGUUUUACACCAGAGGUGUGGACAUCUACGCACAAAUGGCUACCCUUCUGUGUAAAAGACCCGUGGAAUUGGAAGAAGUCAGUGAAGCUAUGGUGUGUUUGUUGAAAAGACAUCCGAUGCUUCGAAUGACAAUCAAAGAAACUGGAGAAGAGUACCCAGACUUUAAGUUUGUUGAAAUGGACCCAGUUAAACUCGAUAUUCAAAUUUCUUAUAACUGUGAUAAGGAAGAACUCUUACACGAAGAAUCGUGUAGGUCCUUCGCAGUUAAGGAUGGCCCAUUAUGGCGACUGACUAUUGUCAACAAUGAAAAGGAGCAGCGCAAAGCUGACACGGUAAAGUCGAGUGAGCACAAUUUCGAGUUUUCAUUCGUGUUCUGCUUUCACCAUAGUUUAGCUGAUGGGAUUUAUCUUAGAACAUUGUUUGCAGAUUUCAUUGAAUUCUUGGAUAUGGUUCAGAAACACUCAAUUGACUCGCGCUUUGUUAAAGAAAUUGAGAUGCUACCAGCCAUAGAAUCCUUGCUCCCUCUAUUAAAUCCCAACCGGAGGCUCAUUUCUUCUGAGUGCAGUAGUGAGGAUAGUGUUAAAAACAUUGACGCCCUCCGCGCAUACGAAGUCCAUUUCAAUCAUGAAAUUGAGCAGCUGAGGAACCGACAGCAAUCAACGAAGUCCAUUAGGUCCAAUUUACCAUCUUCAAAGUCAAAGACCUUUCUUCAUCAGUGUAAACAAAAUCACGUGACAGUUACAGGUGCUUGCAUAGCUGCUUCUUGUAUUGCGUUUUGUCAGUUGAUAAAAGCAUCGAUUCCGAAUGAUGUUAAGGUUUUGAACAUUCCUGUGGAAAUUAUGGUGAAUAUGAGAAGAUAUACCCAAAACAAAAACAUGUAUCUAGCUUACCCGGGUGUGGCUGCAGUUCACCUUCCCCUCACAGUAAAACUACCGCUUGGCGGGAACUUGCAGGAACAUUUCUGGUAUUUAGCAAAACAGUGUACAGACGACAUUAACAACAUGUUAAUUUCAGGCUAUCCACUUGAAUACAUGUCAACGGAAGUUGCCCAAGAAAUCAACAAAGAGCCCCAAACAGGGAAAUCGCCAUAUGUACUUUGCAUAACCAAUAUGUAUUCAGUAGACGGAAUCGUGAAACCCAACCAACGACCUCGGUUCCAGUUGAAGGAAUUUCCCGCCAUGACCCAGAUAGGUAUCGAUGAAAUGCCGAUAUUCUACGUGGGGAUUUUAUCGAUGGCACAAGAACUUCACCUUGAUAUCGGACAUUGUCAGCGAUAUACAUCACAAUCAACAGCGGCCAAAUUCUCCUGGAAUGUUGUAUCCAUGUUACAAAAAUUCAGCAGUUUGUGAAACGACACAGUUGAAGAGUGAUAUUCUGCGGAAAAGCUUGAUGAAGCCGGCAUUCCUUCUAAAAUCGGAUUCAAAUGCACUCCAUCCGUUCAUUUUCUUCCCAUGACAAAAUAUUUU